AUGGUAGAUGCAACAGCAGGAUGCGAACGUUUGAGCUUUAUGGAUGCGUACCGGGGCUAUCACCAAAUAGCCUUGGACCCGGAAGAUCAAGAGAAGACGGCCUUUAUUUCUCCUCGGGGCACUUACUGCUGCAAGGUCGUGCCGUUCGGCCUGAAGAAUGCUGGUGCGACCUUCCAACGCUCAAUCACAAAGAUGUUUCCUGGAAUGCUCGGCAAAAAAGUAGAAGCUUAUAUCGAUGAUCUGGUUUGCAGAAGUAGGUUCGCUCAGGACCACCUUCGGGACUUAGGAGAAGUCUUUGCUAUUUUGAAACAACGAAAGCUUCGUCUUAAUGCCGAAAAAUGUGCGUUUGGCGUAAGCUCGGGAAAAUUUCUUGGUUACAUGGUACGCCACCGAGGGAUCGAGGCUGAUCCAGCACAAAUCCUGGCCGUACAAAAUCUCCGAGCUCCCACUACUAUCAAAGAAGUGCAACGACUUACAGGGAUGGUGGCUGCUUUGAACCGAUUCAUUCGACGUUCGGGAGACCUUUGCCGUCCAUUUUUCCGAGCGAUCACCACCAGCCGACACAGAUUCAUAUGGACCGAAGAAUGUGAGCAGGCUUUGAAGUCUUUGAAGCAAUACCUGUCUCACGCUCCCUUGCUCGUCAAGCCCCUACCCGAUGAAGAUCUAUAUCUUUACCUUGCUGUUUCCGACCACGCAACGAGUGCGGUUCUUGUUCGAAGAGAGGGGAUGGAGCAUCAACCGAUCUUCUAUUCCACUGUUCUUCGGAAGACGGAUACGUCGAGCCGAAUCCUGAAGUUCUCUCAAGAUUUGGCCAACUUCAACAUCCAAUUCGAGCCUCGGACAGCAAUCAGAGGGCAGGUCCUGGCCGACUUCUUUGCCGAACUCACUCCCGGCUUACAAGACGAGGCCAAUGCCUUGGCAACAGCCGCUGAAGAAGCUCGGAUUCAGGAAGCAGAGGUUUUGGAAGGGCCGUCCAACUGCCCUGCCGAACCACUACGUGCUCGAUAUUCCCUCGGACGCAAGAAACCCAAACGACAAUGGAAGCUCUUCUCCGGCGACGCUUGGCGACUGACAGUCGAUGGAGCUUCUAAUGUUCAUGGAGCUAGUGCAGGCAUCGUCCUUGUGUCACCCGACGGGACUGUUCAUGAAAGCGUGGUUUCGAUUGGGUACACGGCGACGAACAAUGAGGCGGAAUAUGAAGCUCUAAUUGCAGGCCUCCAACUUGCUCUUCGGCUGGAUGCGGAUUCGGUUCAUGUCUUUUGUGACUCUCAGCUCAUUGUGGGGCAUUUAAACGAUGAUUAUCAAGCCAAAGAUCAACGUAUGAAUGCUUACGUGAGCCACGUCUUAGAUUUGUUCGGAAGAUUUGGACGCGUAGAAGUGGAAUGGAUUGCUCGGGAGCAUAAGGCCCAUGCUCACGCCCUUGCAGGUCUUGCUUCAGUCUACAAUACCUCGGGCAGUCGCACUAUCACCUUCAACGAGGUCCCCAAACCAAGCUUCGAAAAGCCAUGUGAACAGGUUAUGGCCAUCACCCUCGGUCCAAGCCAGCUGGAUUCUGUGGUUGUUUACCUGAAGAACCAGAUCCUACCGACGAACAAGCGCGAAGCGUACAAAAUCCGUUGCCGAGCUGCCAACUUUUUCCUGGGACCGAACGACAAUCUCUACCGGCGAACUUUCACUGGCCCCGAUCUGCGUGUCGUCCACGACGAUCUUGUGCCAACCGUUCUGGAGGAACUUCAUUCGGGUAGCUGUGGGGCUCACUCAGGAGGACGGUCCCUUGCACAGCGUGCCCUGACAUAA